UAGUGAUUCAGAUAUUUCUUCGACGUGACUGUCAUUGAUUCAACCAUGAAGCCCACAAUAGUUGCUGCAUUUUGCCUUAUUUUUAUGGUCAACUUCGCAGUUUCUUCGUAUAUUAAAAAAAACUCCUGUGACGACCCCAAUGCUCACUAUGGAUGUGAAUCUCAAUGUAUAGCAACGUGCAACAAUCGUCAAUUUGCAAACUGUGCACCAGAGUGCAUUAAUGGUUGUUUUUGUAAUCAGGAUUAUAUACUAAGUAGAGAACAAGGAAAAUGUGUUUUGGUAAAAGAUUGUUUCCCUCACUAAGAGCUAUUUUAUGAUAUAUCAACAUCUAUUGUAAUUUUAUAGAUUAUAGACUUGUUUUUAAUAAUUAUCUUUAUAAUUGAUAUGUUAGAAAUAUUUA